AUAAUGAUAGACGCACAACGACAACAACAACAACAACAACAGCCACAACAACAACAAAAGGAUGAGGAACUUAAAAAGCAACAACAAAAUGAACAACAACAAAAGGAACAAGAGGAUAUUGACACGGAUGACGAUGAUGACGAAAAGGUCGUGGACCUGAUCGAUAAUUCCAGCGCAAAGGAUGAGUUGGACGAUGGAAUCAGCACAACAUCCACAAGCGAUGUCAAACCUCGUCCACGCCCCGACGGUCGUACCGAGCAGAAGAGAAAGGUCAAAGAGGCCUGGAAGCAACAUGAGCGAAUGGUUGCCGGUGAGCAACUCUAUAUCAUCUCAACCUAUUGGCUUCGUCUGUGGAAGAACUACGUCAACUAUGACGACUCACCACGUUCAUCAACGCCAACACUCAAUGGUAAUGGCAAUGGCAACGGCAAUACGACGCCACCCACACCAGAGAAGACUACAGCGCGACCAGUCAAUCCACUCAGCCUCAGCUCAGAGUUUGACAUUCCCAGACCCGAGACCAUCAACAACAAGGAGUUGGUGGAGCGCGAUGACUCGGAGGGACAACCCAUCAUUGCCGGCCAGCGCACCGAAGGCGAGGACUUUGACAUCAUUCCAGAGAGCGUUUGGAAGCUCCUCUUUGGCUACUAUGGUGGCGGUCCCGAGAUCAAGAGGACAGUCAUCGAGCUAGGCGUCAGGAAUGAGAAGAUCGUCGAGGUGCGUCCCAUCAUCCUCAUGAUCCGAUCGUCCAGCACUGGUCCUUCCCCUGCCUCUUCAUCAUCCCCACCACAAGGCAGCACCUCCAGCAUGUAUGAUUACGUCAUCCAGAGAAGCCGCAAGUCGACUCUCAAUGAUAUUCGCGAGUUUAUCUGCCACAAGGAAGGCAUCGACUCUCAGAAGCUGGCCGUCUACCGUCAAAAGAUGGGCAAGCAGAACAAGACACAGCAGAAGCUGCUCAAGAAGAACAGCAUGACGCUGGACGACCUCAAGUUCGAAUCGGAGAACGUCAUCAUCUUUGGCCAGGAGGAGCAAAAGACAUUCAUUGGCAAGCUCAAGGGCAAGUUCAGCUCGUCCAAGAAGGACAAGCCCAAGGAUCAGAUGUCUCCGCCUCAUUCUCAAUCAUCAUCGACAUCCUCCAACUCGACCCAAAAAGGCACAUCCUCCUCUUCAUCAUCCUCUGCACAAGACAGCGGACCCGUCAACACGCCACCAGUCUCUCGCGAUGCCCUACAAGGCAAGGGCAUAUGUGGCCUCACCAACCUUGGCAACACCUGUUUCAUGAACACCUCCGUACAGUGUCUGGCACAUACGACAGCAUUCACAGACUACUUCCUUUCGAACAAGUACCUUGCCGACAUUAACAAGGUCAACCCUUUGGGCGCAAAAGGACAGAUCGCAGAGUACUACGGCAAGCUGAUCAAGGAGAUGUGGUCUGGCGCCACCGUACUCAUACCAAAGCAUUUGAAGUGGAUUAUUGGCAAAUAUGCACCACAGUUCAGUGGCAUCUCUCAGCAGGACACCCAGGAGCUGCUAUCCUUCCUACUUGACGGCCUCCACGAGGACCUGAACAAGGUGGUCAAGAAGCCCUACAUCGAGGAGAAGGAUGACAAAGAGGAGCGAGAGGAUUCAGUCGUGGCCGCCGAGCAAUGGGAGCGACAUCUUCUCAGGAAUCAAUCAAUCGUUGUCAACUUGUUCCAAGGUCAAUACAAGAGCACAUUGGUGUGUAGCAAGUGCUCAAAGGUCAGCAUUACAUUCGAUCCAUACAUGUACGUGACACUCCCGAUACCUGUGGCAACGGAGCGAUUGUUUGAGGUCGUGCUCUUUAGAUGCACACCAGUUGGCACAAUUGGACCCGAUCCCAAUGGAGUCUACAGUCUGAACAAUGCCCUGGCGCCAGUGCGCUACUGUCUCAAGCUUCCCAAGCGCGGCUUUAUCCAAUCACUUCGUGUCGAGUUGUCCAAGCUCAGUGGCAUCGAUACGCCUUGUCUGGCACUGUCUGAGAUCAUCCGCCACCGCAUCUACAUGUUCCUGAGCGAUCAGCGCGGACUCGAGUUCAUCAAGGACCGCGAGGUCAUCAUUGGCUACGAGUUGCCUGUCGCUGGCGAGGAAGUUUCGCGUCUACACGUCAUGCACCGUCGCAAGGCAGACCUUCUCUUGCUGCCAUACGUCAUACUUUGUAAGUUUGCCGAGGUCACCUGCAAGGAAGUCUAUCGCAUGGUCUGGGAGCGAGUUGGCCAUCGAGUCAAGCGUGGCUGGAAGAGUGCCUAUCUGAGGCAGCGCUCCAAGGAGAACAUCCCCGCCGAUACCACUGGAACUGGCGAGGCAACAACCUCAUCGACCACCACAUCUCCAACAACUCCAUCAACAACAACAACAACGAACAAUGAGACCGAGAAGGAUAGUCCUGCUGGCAGUUCAGACGGCAGCCAGCCGGACACUGAAGACGACACUAGCUCAAUCACAGACGAUGAGACUGACGAGAUCAUCUACCCGUUCAUCCUCAAGUCGACCAACAGCUACGGCACCAACUGCGACCGAUGCCAGGGCAUUCACUGCACGGGUUGUGUGAUUUCCUGCGAUGGCAAGGUACUGAAGGAGAUCUUCAAGGUGCCCAAGUUCUGGAGCGAGGGCUGCAGCAACAUCGCGAUCGACUGGCGCCCAGAGAUGUUACGUUUCCUGGACGACUGCGAGGACAUCCAGAACCCACAGUUGAUCAAGCAGGACAAGAGCGUGGCGAUCAAGUCAGAGAUGAAGAACGACAUCAACCUCAACGACUGUCUGACGCUAUUCACCAAGAAUGAGAAGCUCGGACCGAAUGACACGUGGUUCUGUCCACAAUGCAAGGAGCACAUUCAAGGCAACAAGAAGUUGGAGCUCUGGAGUGCGCCCAACAUCCUUAUCAUCCAUCUCAAGAGGUUCCAACUACUACAUCGUUUCGAGAAGAUUGGCUCCUACGUUGACUUCCCACUCGACAACCUAGACCUCUCCAAAUGGAUCCUGAAUAAGAACAUGGCCAAUCCACCAAUAUAUCAACUCUACGCAGUGGCUGUAAGUUAUCAUCCAACUCAUCCAACUUAUUCAAUCACUAACACCAUGAUACAGAAUCACAUGGGAGGCAUGGGAGCAGGACAUUAUACAGCAUCAGUUAGACAUAAGGACAAAUGGUAUUUGAUUAGUGAUUCAUCUUAUCAUUCGAUUGAAGAGUCCUCUGUAAAGACAUCUGAAGCCUAUGUACUAUUUUAUGAACUGAAGAAGCAAUCACCUACUUCCAACAACAACAAGACCAGCACACCACCUCCAUCUUCACAUCCAACAACAACUACAACAACAACUACAACAAGCGUCAAUCCUAGUAAUACUUCAUCA